AUGAGACUCCAAGGUGCCCUGGAUAACGAGGUCCAUAUUGCCGUCCAAAAAUUCCUCGCCGAAGGCAUCCCGGCCAACACUCCGGCCAUUUAUGCUGCAUUACAAAAAUCCAACUCUUCGUUGAAGCGCAGACCGAAGAGAGUGAUCGAGGCCAGUAUUGAAAGAGUCAUUGAGUUUCUUGGCGUUCUGGACGACGGACACGAUUCGGACGCAGUGAUCGAAGACGCACCACCAGAAGACGAUUUGGCAGCUCAGCAGAUGAACAAAGCACUUAGAGCGAACCUUGCACCAACAGUUCAGACGCCCACGGCCAAUAGCGAAGAUGCUCCAAGGAAGCGAAAGGCCAAUGGGGAGUCUCUGCCUAAGCGUCCCAAAAUCGCCACGAACGCGCCUCAAGACAUCAGCCUCGAUGAUAUCGGUGGUAUGGACGACGUGAUACAAGAAAUGGAGCGAAACGUUCUCAUGCCGCUGCUAUACUCGGACAUCUACGAACAGACUCAUGUACCACAACCUCGAGGCAUUCUUCUCCAUGGCCCACCGGGAUGUGGCAAGACAAUGCUUGCUCGCGCUGUUGCUGCGGAACUCGAAAUCCCCUUCAUCGAGAUGCUCGGGCCGUCUAUUGUUUCUGGCAUGAGUGGCGAGUCGGAGAAGGGAGUGAGAGACCGUUUCGAAGAGGCAAAGAAGAACGCACCUUGCAUGAUCUUCAUUGACGAAAUCGAUGCCAUUGCACCAAAGCGCGACUCAAGUCAAAGUCAAAUGGAAAAGAGAAUCGUGGCACAGCUGCUCGUGAGCAUGGAUGAGCUCCAGCAGAAUGCGAAUGAGCAUGUGAUAGUCUUGGCUGCCACCAAUCGGCCCGAUAGCAUAGACCCGGCUCUCCGACGAGGAGGCCGCUUUGGCACAGAAAUCAACAUUAAUGUUCCCAAUGAACAGGUGAGACAACGGAUACUUCAGAGACAGACUCGGAAGAUCCCACUUGCCCCCGAUGUCGAUUUCUUAAGACUGGCAAAGAUGACCGCGGGAUUUGUCGGUGCUGAUCUGCAAGAUCUCGUUGGCAAGGCGGGAGCCCACCAGAUGGAACGUUAUCGAUCGGCUCUGAAAAGGCAAGCUGUGGAGCUUGGUCUCGAACAUCAAAGCUCGCAGAGCUCCGCCGUCAUGUCGUUCCGCUGCCUCAAAGCUCGAGGCGCCCUACGAGCCGAGCCUAUGCCUGCUGCGUUCGAGAUCCGGCUGACCAUGCACGACUUCCUCGACGUCCUCCCCGGAAUCACACCUUCCAGCAAACGCGAGGGCUUCUCGACCAUUCCCGACGUGUCAUGGGAGGACAUUGGUGCCCUAGAUAUCGUGCGAAAACAAUUGACGUCUGCCAUUGUGGACCCGAUCGAACAUCCCGAGGAAUACGAACGCCUUGGCCGUACCUCGCCGUCUGGAGUGCUUCUCUGGGGACCACCCGGUUGCGGCAAAACAUUGCUUGCCAAGGCUGUCGCAGCCGAGAGCAAGGCCAACUUCAUCUCCAUCAAGGGCCCCGAGCUCCUGAACAAAUUCGUCGGGGAAUCCGAGGCCGCCGUCCGCAAAGUCUUCCACCGCGCCCGGUCCAGUGUGCCAUGCGUCAUCUUCUUCGACGAGCUCGACGCCCUCGUCCCACGGCGCGAUGACUCGGGUUCCGAAGCAAGCGCGAGGGUCGUCAACACCCUCCUCACAGAACUCGAUGGACUCAGUGUCCGUGCCGGCAUCUACGUGGUCGGAGCGACAAAUCGUCCCGACAUGAUCGACGAAGCCAUGCUGCGUCCGGGUCGGUUUGGAACCCAGUUAUUCGUGGACGUGCCGGGACCCGAGGAGCGCGUCAGUAUCAUGAAGGCUCUGCUACGGAAUAAGCCAUGCGAAUGGACGGCGGAGAUGGCGGAGAUUGUUCGGGGAGGUUCAUGCACCGAUUUCACCGGCGCUGAUUUGCAGGAGCUCAUCAAUGAGGCCAUCGCAUCGGCUUUCGACCGCAAAGCCAGCAGGAUCGAGGUGGAAGAUUUCUACCGCGCGGCCGAGCAAGUAAAGGGCUCUGUGUCGGAUACUGCUAAGUACCGAGCACUCAAGAAGAGGUUCGGACGCAAUUAA